GCAGCAACGGCCACGUGGUCACGUGACGCUCGCAUUUCUGACACAACAUUACAAUACACGCUCGCGUAAGCAAGCGCUCCUGGCCUUUUCCUCCCUCCCUCCGCUCCAGGCUCGCGCUCGCUCUCGCUUUCGGCAUGGCGGAUGGCGAGAGGUCCCCGCUCCUGUCCGAUCUGGGUGAUGGUGCACCGGGCAGCGGCAACGGCGGCCUGUCGCCCGGCGCGGCGCCCUACGGUGUGGGCGGCAAGCCGCAAAGUUUCCCACCCUUCCCCAGCCCCACGCAGCCGUCGGUGCUCCUGGGUGAGGACCCGCCUCCGUACUCGCCCCUCACAUCGCCUGAGAGCGGCAGCGCGCCCGUCAUCAGCUGCCGGGUGUGCCAGAGUCUCAUCUCAGUGGAGGGAAAAAUCCAUCAGCACGUGGUCAAGUGCGGCGUGUGUAAUGAGGCCACGCCCAUCAAGAACGCGCCGGCCGGAAAGAAGUACGUACGCUGUCCAUGCAACUGUCUGCUCAUCUGCAAAGUCACCUCCCAGCGGAUUGCGUGUCCCAGGCCCUACUGUAAGCGAAUAAUCAACCUGGGUCCGGUCCAUCCCGGUCCAGCCAGUCCCGACCCGCAGCCCGCCGGGGCCCGUGUCUCCUGCGGACAUUGCAGCAACACCUUCCUGUGGACAGAGUUCACAGACCGCACGUUGGCCAGAUGCCCGCAUUGCAGGAAAGUCUCCUCUAUUGGUCAGCGGUAUCCCAGGAGGCGGAGCUUGUGGUGCUUUCUGCUCUGCUUGCUGUUCUGUGUCUCUACUGCUGGUCUGAUUGCUGGCACGUGGCUGAAGGCUGAAACUUACCCUGGCAUCUAUGCCUCAUGGGCCGUUCUCCUCCUUCUGGUGUUGGGGACCCUGGCGCGGGCCUUCUACUGGGCCUGCAUGCGGGUCAGCCAGCCUCUCCAGAGUUUCACAUAGAUCUCACCCCCAGCCCCCCUCAAAGCCCAACCCCUCACUUUCUUUCCAACCCUUUCCCAAAAUGGCCAGGCCAGUGGAUGAAUGGCUUAAAAACAAGAUAAGAAAUAUUUAUUUCACUGUCAUGUGGCUACUUGCUGUACUCAUUUCCUUCCAUCUUGCCCUUCUCAGCUUCGUUAUUUCCGCGCCUUGAAUGAAGCAUUUAGUAUUUUCUAAACCAGCGACAUUGAUGCCGCCGCCGCCUUUGUGAAUCAAAAGGAUGAAGGAGGCAUUUGAAAUGUUUCAACGCAUGCGAAAAUUCCCCACUCCCCAAAUCCCUGAGGAGCGACUUUGAUCCUCAGAAAGCGACACAAAUGGAAGGAAUUUUGAGCAUAAACAAAACAUUUGACCAACAACAAAUUCUGGAUCGCGACGGCCAAAAGCUUUUUGAAGCUAGCUAGCAAUUUUUACAGGAAAAAGUGGUUCUCGCUAGUCCCAACAGCUUUAUUUACUAUUACUAGAAUAAUGCAAAUAAAAUAAAACGACAAUGUCGCUUUUAACUCGUUUACUGUAUGUUUUCACGAACAGGACCUAAAACGGGGCUAGCUUCCGCUUUGAUGCGAUUUAUUUCGUGUGGUUGUAAAGGGUCUAUACCCAUGGUAACUACAAUCAAAAAAGAUGAGUCACUGCCAAGACUCAUCUGGCAGUAUAUUGCAAAAAUGUCACUGCGGCUUGAUGUUUAGCGAUGUUAGCUUAUCCUUUGAAAUCUAUUAUUUCGAGAAGUUGUGAUGGUAACCACUAGUACAAGAGACUUCUCGGUUCUUUUAAGCUUUUUAUGAAAAGAUCUCUCGUGGGUUUGAUUGACUCUUCACUGUUUUGUGAUUUUUUUUCUUUGUUUUUAUUUUUGUAAAGUAGUUAAGGAUGCAUCAUGGCAAACACGAUCAAAUUGAGAGACGAGUCAUUGCUUUCAUGAAAAAAAAAUCGGCGGACGUUAAAUCAAAAUUUUCCCAUCACAAUGUCGUUGUGUGUUCAUCACAGUAACCUUAAGCUUUCUUUAAAACUAUGGAAAGGAAAUUGCAUGAGAGAGGCUAGCUGCCACGUUGACAGAGCUUAUUUAGUAUGUAGGGAAGGAUUUAUCGCCAUGGAAAUCACAAUCAAAUGGCAAGAUGAAUCCGUUCCAUUCCCAUUUUAUAGAAAGAUUGCUGGGACAAAAAAUAACUAUCAAAUUUUACCAUAAUCUUUAUGUCGCCAUGUGCUUAACUCGUCUCUGUCGAGUUCGGCAAAAUGAGGGUAGCUUUCGCCGGCAAUCGACUUAAGUUGUAUUACCAUGGUAAUUAUGAUCAACAUGAGACGAGCCGCUCGGACGUUAAAUCGUACAAAUUUCACCAUAAUCCCAACAUUUAAUUAUGAUUGUUUAAAUUUGGCAAUGCUAACCUCCAUUAUCAUAAAUUCUCAAACCCUUUGAUGAAGAAUUUUUUUUCUUUUUUAAAUGUAAAUAUUUGUUGAUGCUUUUGUGACAGAAAGUGAAUAAGCCAAUCACUUGGAGCAGAGGGAUGUGGACAAGGAACACUAAAAUUGUGAUCAUUUUUACUUCUGUUACAUAUGUAAUGAUUUAUUUAUUUUUGGGAGGAGGAGCUACUAACCUGAUCAGCCUGAAAACACACACACAAACAAAUACAUGCUCACAAACACACACCAAGCACCUUACACUGCAACGAUUAUUUAUUUUUACACUGUCAAAUUUUGCGCUGAAUUCUCGAUGACUUAUGAUAGAGAGAAAAAGCCUUAAUGUUUUAUUGUUUUUUUCAAUCAUGUAUUUUUUUUAAUCUGUUCUCAAAUCAGUGCAGUAAUUUGGAUUGUGUUUUAAUAAACCAGUUAAUUGUUUUGUGGCCUGUUUGGGGACCAGUUUGUGAUUCACGGACCACGUGAACCGACAGGCCGCCAAAUAAAUGUGUCAAAUGCUA